CCAAAUUAACCUCACUUUUUUAUAGAACAUCAACAUAACACAUAACAAUUGAAAUAAUAAUUUAAAACUUUGAUUAUUAACAAUACAAUCAUGAUGGAAGUUGAUAAUGAUGAAAAUUAUGUUUUAAACAAAGCUAGAUCCGCACUGAAGACAAAUUCAGUCUCAGCAAAAGCCUGGAUGAUUAUGGCUAAGACUUUAUAUCCAAACAACUUCGGAGUACAGUUUGAAGCUUACAAAAACGAAAAAAACGCUGGAAAUGUAAAGGAAGCCGGUAGAUGCUUCACGGAUUUAAUCGAAAAAUUCCAACAAGUGCCUGAAUUCUGGGAGGAAAUCAAUGCUGUAACACAAGCUCUAAGAACCGAGAGUGAACUUGAUGCACAAAAACAGUUUCUCUCGGAAAUGUUUAAGCAUUUGUCCACGGAAGUACAACAUAAACUCUUGUUAAUCACUGCGGAUCACUGUGAAGACACUCAGGAACAUUGUAAAUUACUACUGCUGCUCUUACAGAAGUUUCCAUCAUCAAUAUCAUCACAUGGGAUGGGAUUAAUUGAGACGUUACUAAGUGCAGAGAAACACAACGUGUCAGGAAAUCAACCCGUAAACAAAUACAGAGAGUUGUUAAUCUGUGAUUUAAUCCCUCUACUGAAUAAAGACGGAUGUAUUCUGGAUUUAUCACCGAAAUUGAUCUUUAAACUACUGCACAAAGCCAUAGAAUAUCAUUUAUUUGUGCUCUGGGGUUAUAUUUGCAAUAAAAAGGAUGAUUCCAAGCAGAAAAGUGAAGAUUCCUGGUCGAAUUUAUACAAAACCUUCGAGUUUGUCUGUCACCAACUACACUGGGAGAAAUUCCUGCCAUCUUUCAGCACAAACUGGUGCAAGGAUACUUAUUGGGCCAAAAUACUAAAUCUAAUCCAAUCACCAACGUUUAACAUGGAGGAUACUCAAUCGCACAAACAAAUAACAUAUGCCGUUGCCAUCUUCUUGCUUUAUUGCUUAUAUCAAUAUUUAUAUUGUUUAAAUAUUGAAAAUGUGCCAGGACAGAAUUAUCCUGCGUAUUUAUUGGUGCAGGGAUUCCUCGACGCGAGUUUCCCAGCGUUUUCGAGUGAUCCCAUCGCGAGUAUGAGCGCAAAACGUCGAAAAAGCACAGAUUGUAAUAAUACAGAGCCAGUUGUGGUGACAAUCGAGCCAAAAACACUCAAAGCAAUCAUUCCCAACUUUACAAUGGCUGUAAAAUGCUGGGAUUUGCUACAUUCCGCCGAUCAGUUAAACCGCGAGUUUAUAAAGUUGAGUGGAGCGUUGAAUUUGGAGCAUUGGCUGAGUACCUUUCUCGUAGAUCAUUUAAUUUAUAAAGAUAAACAUGAAGAUGUCUUGAGGAGACUUGAAAAUGACUCUGGGUAUCCACAACUGCCGAAAUUAAUCCUCAAAGCACAAGCAUUCUUUCUACAACGCAAUUAUAUCAGGUCUUAUGAUAAUAUCCGUGAAGCUCUUCAACUUCUACCGGAAACCACCGGAGAAACAUGCGAGAAUCUAAUAAUAGGCGGAAAUCAACGCCAUUUACACUUUUUGCCAUUGACACGCGUCGCAAUCAUCCAAUUCCUCGCGAAAUUCAUCCUGCAUGGCAUCCGCGCAAACGGAUUCAAGACAGAUAUGUCCGUGGGGCAUUGUUUUGUCCUCAUGCAAAUGGACUGGCCGAAUGAAGAGAAUUUCCUGCCAAUGCUCAUCCAAGAAAUAUGCAAAACCCGCACGUUUUACUAUCUACCAUUUCAGACUUACAUCAUCGAAAUAGACAUACUAGAAGAGUUGGCAUUCUUGUGGAAUAGCCAAAACGGACAAAUCACAUACGAAAUACUACCCAACAUGUUAACCCGCAGGAUAGGCACGCGUGGAGCUGAUAAAGGCAUUCGAGAAGAAAUCAAACAUGCCAUCAAGGGACAAAUCGAAAAAGUUCACGACCCCAUCCAUGAACUAAUCCGACAGUUUUUGCUGCAGGAACAAACGCACAUCUCUGUGAGUCUAUUAUAAGUUGUAACUUAAGCUCUGUUUUAAUAAAAUUAUGCUUACGAUAAUCUCAAUUCAAUAA